AUGGGUUCCAGUGCUGAAUGUGUGGUGCUGUUGCUGCUGACAGCUCUGGUGGCGGACGAGGUUCAGGCAGUCACCCGCCAGGACGUGCGUGACUUCUUGGGUAACCGCGCUUUUAUGAGUAGUUUAUUUUCCUGUCUCAUGAAUUACGGGCGAUGCAGCUACAUCACACAGAAAAUAAAAGACAACACACACAACGCGUUGCAUGGUCGGUGCCGCGGCUGCUCGCGUGACGAGCGGAACCUCAUGAUGUGGGCCAUCAAGAUGGCGCGCCGCAGUUACCCGAAAGAGUUCCGGAAGGUGUGGCGCCGAUACUACUAGUGGGUAGUACCUCGUACGAAGAUGACACAAUCAAUACUAAUUAUUAUCUCGUGUUACCUGAGAGACCAAAGUUACCGCCUUAUGCGUCUACAGUGACGGAGAUGGAAAGCGUUACAGCAUAAAGAGCCUUCCCAAAAUUUGUCAAAAUUUGCAGAGGACCCUCGUACAAGACUAAUAAAAGAUUAAAGAUUCAUUUCUUUCGAAAAUGAUUGUCUUUAACGUCAGCAUGAUGUGUGACACCACUAGCACGAAUACACUCUUUUCGUGUUGUGUCAUAGAAGCAAAUAGCGUCCGAAUUUCAUCUCGAAUUUAUGCCUUGCCUGAAUUAGACUCUGCGUCAGUUCAUCAGUAUUACAGAUCAGAGUCUGGUAUGAAAGUAUACAUCUUCCCAUCGCAUCUCAAACGCGCCCUACGGGUAAUAAAUCAGGGGCCUUGGUAGGUCAGCCAAGGACCCGUAUGAAGUAUUCCUGGUGUAAACUGCACUGCGAGGCCUUGUGCACUCGCCACAAAAGGUAUGACGCGAGGAUUUAUCUUUCUCGCCAAGUAAUGGCCAGCAUUAGGCCUCCCUUUAUCGACUGCCAGAUCUGCUCUUCCUCACCAUGAAUCCAGGAGUCUACCAUACCCGGAAGCACAGUUCCCAACUAUCGCUGCUUCCUUUGACAUUUCAUGAGGUUGUAAACUGACACAGUGGAAUCAAUCUAACGGCCGCAAACAGGAUCGAGACUCGUCGCUGAAGAGCAAAGAAUGUCAGUAAGUGUUCCAUUUGACGAUAGCUUCACACAUAUAAGUCUCUAUCAUUUGUUGGCUGUGCUAAACAAUGUUUACAGUCGAUAUUUCAACGCAUCUUCCAGUAAUGUCUGACGGCGGGUUCCUGGUGACACUCUGGUUGUAACCUUCGGCGGAUAUCACUCCUCUGUCUUUGAAAGCCAGUCCAGCAAUUCUACGGUCUUCUCCUGAUGUGGUUCAUCUGGAAUGGACUGUGGAUGUCCACACCGUAUUGGUGCACUCAGCUUAUGUCGUCAGCACUCUGUCUGGAGUCAUUACACAACAGCCAACUGUCUGUGCGACCUGUCACUUUGAUGUUCCCAUGUCUCUUGUGCCAAUAAUUGGAGCCUUCUCAAAGCCUGAAAUUUGGCGAUUAGUUGUGCACGUCCUCUGGGCGUGUUGUGUUGCAAUCCUCAGCUGAAAAGUUUCUGUAACGUGGACAUACCCUAUGACCACCGUGGAGUCACACCAUCCUUCAGCUGUAGGAAACGGUUUCAGCUGUCUUUAAAACUCUGAAAACAGUUGCGCAAAGGGUGAAUGUCUAUUGAACGUACCUCACAGGAAUGAAAAUACUAUCGUAUCUUCUUUGGUAGUGUUCACACAAGGUAUUCAUAAUGUAACGCUUUCCUUUUCCGACAGCGUUGUUCUUGUAGAGCAAAAGCUUAGACACAAAACAUGAUGGGUGUUUUCUUAUAACUGACUUAUUUUGUUACAUUUUUCGUUAUUGUGGUCACUGAUAUACGGUGAAAGGAAAGGAGGACAAAAAAAAAACCACUGCCUGCUAUCGUUGGACAAAAGCCGGAUCUUUUCUUUCUUACAUGUCUCUCUUGUUCAAUGGACUUUCAUCUACUUGUCAGUAUCUGCUGCUGAAAGAACUUUUGUCACAUUAUUAUAGAUGAAAAUGGUUUUCAGUCAUAUUAAAUAAUUCGUUACAUUUAUCACUGAUAAUAAUGAAACGUAGUCUUAAUUUGGCCCAUCACCUAAUGUUACCUUGUAUAAUUUACACAUGGGCACAGAGGAAGUCAAAGCAAGCUGUCUUAAUAACAGAAUCCUUUCUUGUGUAGUGACUUUGUUGUGUUUGUGUAUAAAACUGCACAGAAGUAUACAUUACAUUGUAAGUGAUAUAGUACAGAACUAACUGAUACAGAAUGUAAUGAUCUUACGAGUGUGCCUUGUUCUUAGUGUACGCCAUCUAAUAACAGAAUGAAAUA